AUGCAAAACUUAGACCCCACACUAACUCCAUCGGUGUUAGAGGAAAAAAUUGAAAUGAAGAAAUACAUCGACAGAUUUGGUCUGCCGUGUAGCGAGACACUUGUAUGCGCAUCAAAGUGUUCAUUGAAGACCAAUUUACCCCGUCUAGGCAAAAUCUAUAUCUUUAACCUUCACGUGUGUUUCUGGCCUCAAGUGAUGAAAUCAAAUGCGGAGGUCUGGAAGUUUGAGGACAUCGCUGGGAUCACUUCACAAGGCAAUGUCCUUAAAAUUGUAUUGAUCCGACACGAGGCAAUCACUGUGAGUGGUCUCGAGAACUCCGAGAAAUUCAUCGCAACAGCGACACAACACUGGAACGCAUAUUGCCUUAAAAAUAACAACCAAAUCACUUCAAUAGUUUCUUCUUCGCCCACCCCAGCCACCCAACUCUCCGCGCCCUCCACACCACAUAAAGCGUCUUUCGAUGGCUUUUUGUUAUCAACGGAAUUUCAAACUGGGAAUGAAGCAACAUUGGAAUGCUCCGUAAAAGACUUUUACGAGAAGUUCAUUCGAAAUGAAGCCAAAGAGACUUACAAACAGAUCUUAACAGAGAAAGACAUCUUUGACAUCGCUGUGUCUGACUUUGAAGAGAACGAAAAGUGGGGGUAUCUAAGAAAUGAAGAAUUCUCCGUGCCACUGAAAGGAAUCCCAUUUGGUCCACAAGUCGCAAAGACAGUGACACAAACCGUCUAUUUUUUCGAUGGAGAUGUGCUUUAUUUGGGUUCAACCAAUCAAACGCCCGAAGUCCCAUACGGAGAUACUUUCAGACUGGAAUACAAAAUUUCUGUGACACCGAAAGGAGAGAAGCAAUGUGUCUUCAAAGAGGACUUCGCAGUGUAUUUUAUGAAGAAAACAGUCUUGCGCUCAACAAUCGAAUCACAAGGAGUCUCCAACGCGAAGAAGGACAUCGACACGAUGAUCAGAAUUUAUGGUGAAAAGAUCUCAGGGAAAACAGUUGCUAACGGUGGGGAUAAACAGUUUAUGGCUGACGACGCGCCAGAGCCGAAAUUCUUCAAACAGAGUAAGAUGAAAACAGUGCAUGAGUCAACUCUCCCAUUCACGCAUUUGGACUUCUUUAAAUACUUUUUAUCAGACAAGUCGAAGGAGACGCAGAAGAAGAUGCUUGAGGAGAAAGGAGAGUCUGAUGUGGAGAUAGAAGACUGGGAGAAGGGGGACAAUAGUCAAGUGCGGACUAUCACAACAAUCACUUCGCCAAAUUUGAAUAAACAAAUCACCACAAGAAGUCAGGUACAACAGUUCUAUCAACUCAAGAAGGAGACACUCAUUGUUGGGAGUGUGAUGAACUACUUGGACUUCUCAGAUUACUUCACCGUCGAGACGCGAAUGACUGUGCAAAGUGUUAAUAAGACUGAGUCCACUAUAUGUUUCCAAGGGAAUAUAAUUAUGAAGAAGAAAGGUGAUGAGAAGGAGAAGGACUUAGUCUUAAAGCUUGAGAAAGCGUGUCGAAAGGACGUUCAGAAGUACAUUGAGUUGUUUGAAGAGAUCAAAAAAGAUGAGGAAGCUACACAAAAGGGGUUAGUAAUCAGAGUCUCCAACCAAAUGACAAAGUUGACGUUCAAGGAGCAAAUGAUGGUAUGCCACAACGUGCUCUUGUUGUUGAUUUUUAUCGCGUUGAUGGGGAUAUUCGUUAAAACGCAUUGA